UUCCGAUCCCGACAAAUUAAAUUUUUAAACCUCGGACUCGGCGUACGCUUUACAGAAAACGACAAGUUCUGAGAAGUCGGAAAAGACGGAUUGCCGAUUGGAUCAAGUUGUACAAUCAAACUAAACAAAACCAUGGCAAUGCAAGUUGACUUGGAACUUAAAAAAGCAUUUCAGGAACUUCAGGUGAAAAUGGUAACAAGUACUCAACAGAUUAAAGUAUCAGAUGCUCAAAUUGAUCAACUGAAGCGGAGUAUCAAACACUCAGAACUAGUAGAACAUGAAAUAGGAGCUCUACCAGACAGCACAAGACUUUAUGAAGGAGUAGGAAGAAUGUUCAUUCUACAGCCUCAUGACAGUAUUAAAAAGAAUCUUGCAAAUAAAAAAAAGGGAGCAGAGGAGAAGAUUAAAAACCUAGAGACGUCCAAAUCCUACUUGGAAAAAAGCAUAAAAGAAAGUGAAGAUAACCUUAGAGAAUUGGUUAUGUCAAAACAACAGAACAGAUAGUUUUUUGUAUUCUUUUAUAAUAAAUAUGUCCUAAAUGUA